AUGGCUACAGAAGAAGACGUCGCCGCAGGCUUGCUCAACUGGGUCAACUCCCUUCAAGUCACCAAUCCACUAUAUACUGUAGAUGAUCUUGCGACUGGCGAGGCACUGUGGGAAUUGUUACAGCUUAUCGAUCACCUUGCAUUCCCUGGCCGGCUCCCCGAAGAUCCCUCACGGAUUGAUAGCAGCAAGGAAACUUCUUGGGUUCAGAAGUGGUCGAACCUCAAGCAUAUAUACGAUGCACUAUCCAUAUUCCUCAUCGAGCAGUGCGGACAACCACUGCCUCUUUUCUUCAGCUCUGCGACCAAUCAUCGUGGUAAUCCGGACCUCAAAGCGAUUGCGCAGUAUGGGAGUAUAGGUGAUGCGGUUCUAUUGCUGAAAUUAUGUGUUGUGGCUGCUACGAGCUGCCAGGACAAUGAACGUUUCCUCGAGCCUAUGCAAGAUUUACCUGAAAGUGUGCAGAAAGUGUUAAUUCACACCAUUCAAGAAGGCCAGCAGAAUGACGAGCCGGAUUAUACAGAGCAGGAACAUGACGCCCACAUAUCAGACGCAGAGGAAGACUACUUCAAUCAACACCGACAAAGCUUACCGCAGGCAGAGGAGGAUGAGGAUCAAGGGAACAUUCCAACAGGUACAUCCAACCUCGCUUUCGAGGAGCGGCUUGGAAAGGUCAUUGCAGAUUCUCAACGCAUUUCUCGCGAAAAGCACGAACUUCAGCGCCAUAUAGACGCCCUCAAUGCUAGGUACAACAGUCUUCAAGAGCGUUACGACCGCUCACAAGACGACCUUAACGAAGCCAACGAUCGUCUGACCUCUGUCUUAUCUGGUCGCGCAGGCGACACAAAACAAUCCUCUGAUGCCCAGAAGGAAGCCAUCAUUUCGAGUCUCGAAGCACAACUUGCGCAAUAUGAGACUGACAUCGAGAAUCUGCGAAAGAACAACGAAGUUCUGAAGAUCAAAGCUGAGCGUGGGCAGAAACUUCAAGAUGAUUACGAUGAGAUCAAGAUCGAGCGAGACAACCUAAGUCGAAAAGCGAAUGCGGCAGAGAAAUAUCGACAGAAGUUGGAAGCAAGUCAGGACCACGAGAAAGAGAAUCUUACAUUAAAACAAAAGAUAGCAGACUUGCAAGCGCAGCUAAGACAGAGCGACACGCGGACCGCCAGUAGCUCUGACCUGCAACGAGAAAUUGAUGAGUAUAGAAGACUCCUACCCGCGAUCGAACAGGAACGUCAUGAAGUCAAUGAGAUGAAGAAGCGAUUAGAGCUUGACUACCACCUAUUACAAGCACGACACACGGAGAGUGAGGAGCAACUCAGAAGGAGUAAACAGGAGGUUGAGGAUCUACAAGGCCGGUUGCGUGAUUACGACGACGGUGUUGAACCGGCAUCUGCAAACAGCCCGAAUAGCGAGGAGAUCGAAGUUGAGGGCAAAGAUCUUGAAACCGAGGAAGCUGAUUAUGAGCGUGCUGAAGCACGACUACAGGCGGCACUUGUGGCCAGUGAGGUCGACGAGGGAACAGGGGUAAAUGGUGAGACUACGUCCACAAUACCUGUACACGCAACAACGUCGAAUUUGGAAGGUAUCGAUAUAGAUCUGGUGGAGAAUGGCAUUUCGGAAGACGAGCUUAGAGCAAUCAUGUCGGCGAUGCGUGCGCAAAUGGUUGCUGGGACGAGUUCCGAGCGCGAGACCAGUCUAAAAAUGCAGAAGAAGAUGGUGAUAAUGCUGGAGAAAGCACGGUCGAAAAACCAGACCUUGGUCGAACACAUUAAACAUCAGCAUGCUCAGCUCGAGGAGCUCAAGCAAAGACCGGAGAAGUCGAAUCAGGAACAGGAGUUGCAGGUCAAAGAGCCUAGUACAGAAAGUGAGAUGGAACAACAACUUGAAGAACAGGAUGUCCUUAUUGAAAACCUGAAACGCGAGAUUCGACUUAUCAGCUCUGCUUGGUUUGAGCAGAAUCAACGGCUUGCGACACUGGGCUCUGGCACUGGUGGAGGUGCAGUCGCACUCAUGAGGUUGAAGGGCGGCAAUGGCCUAGAGGAGCCGAAGAGCUUUCUAGGCAGACAGAGGAAAAUGCUCGACAAAGCAGCUUUUGGUAUGAAUCAGAACAUCAGGGUCACACGUGGUUAG